GAAAGGUUGCAUCAAAUGAAUAACUCCUUACUAAAAUGAAAUCCUCACCUUGAUCGCGCCCGUGCACGAUUUCGGAGAUGGGCACAUCGCCCGUCACAUCGUCACCGUAGCUCAGAAGAAAAUUAAGAGUUUGAUCCAAUUACGGGAUACAUAUUUAUAAAUUAACUUUUUGUCGACAAAAGCUGUUUAUUCAUAAUCAUGAGCGCAUGUUUAUUCUUGUUUGAUAAGCAGUAUAUUACCUCGUCAUCACAUCAUCUAACUGAAUUCGUGCGCUGUUUGUUCAGAUCUUUAGUUUGUUUUUGAGACCAGCGAUCGAGUAAAAAUUGCCCUCACAACACUGACAAAAAACUUAGAGAUGAAAGUCCUAGCAGCUUUACUGUUGCUCUCCGUGGCUCUUUGUUUCACAACAAGUGCAUCAGCUUUGCCAAGGAGUUCCAAACAAGAUCCUCGUGGGAUACUUGAAAACAUCGAAAAUGCGUUUGGCAACCCGUGCCCCAAUAGUUGGACACGCUUUAACAACUACUGUUAUCUAGUGAGCACCACCUCUACUUAUUCUUGGUCCCAAGCUCAAGCGCAUUGUCGCUCGCUAAGUGCAGAUCUGGUCAAGAUAAACAGUGUUGAAGAAAACGAGUUUGUCUUGAGUCUCGUCAGGAAAUUGGCUCCGUCUCUGAAGCAAAUCUGGAUCGGAUUGAAGUGGAAUACAAACGGAUUUUACUGGAUUGAUCUUUCAGUUCCGGUUUACAAGAAUUGGGCCCCUCAGCAUCCGAAUGGCAACGCAAACGAACCAUGCGUUCAAAUGUGGAUCAAUAAUGGACAACAUCUGCCCAAGUACGCAUCAGGCUACUGGAAUGAUAUAGAUUGUCAUUACCGGUCAGAUUUCCCUAACGGAAUUGUCUGCAAGAAACUGCCUUAAAUGACAAUUUAUCCCGUUAACAAAGUCUUAAGACUGUGUGACUGAUUGAUUGAGUAUAAGUGAUUGGGUGACCGAGUGACUGACUGACUUA